AGGAAAUACCGAAUUGGCAGUGAGUUUUUAUAGCUUCUUGUCUUAUGUGUAGCUUGAAAGUCACUGGCAUUUUCCCACGUACACCCUCAAAUACUGCGUAUUUCGUCUAAGUUGUCAAGAGGAAUAGUAACUGUUAAUAUAGAAGAGCCCUGACGCUGGGAAGUGAACUUAAUUUUUCGACCGCGUUUGGCUGCUGUCAUAUGGAAGCUACAUGUCUGUUGUUUCAGUCACUUAGAGGAUUCCUCACUGAACCUUACUUAGCAAACUACACAAAGUCACUGCAAUUCGAACUCUAGGAUAGGGGUAAGUACUAUAAGUUUUUCUGUUGAUUGUUUUGUAACUGUAUUAUUGCCGGUCGAUGUGUCAAUUCCUUAUUUCCGGGUAUGCAUGUAGGUAAGUAAACACUUUCACGUACUUUAUCGAAAUAUAAGAAUACACAUAUUUUUAUGAUUUACCUCUUUUAUUCAUUUAUGAUUCCUCAUCGUCACUGUUCAGCGCAAUUCCACAGUUAGAAAACCACUUCAAAGCUUAGAGUUGGAUGUAAUUGGCUGUACUUAUACCCGGGUAUUUAAGUAUUAUGUCACACUUAAGAAUGUUACUCACCGAUACUCAGUCUAACCAACUACCUACAAGAAAUAAAGUUUAGGCUUGGAGAGCCACAGAUUUAAGACAAACGUAGGACCCGCGGAUGGAAGAUAACCUCACGUUAUUAGGUCAAUUUUACCAUGAGACAAAAAUAGCUUAAAUUGCACAAAUAAGGAAAUUUCUUUACAUGAAUGAAUUCUCUGCUCCAGUGAUAAUCAUUAUCGCCGCUACAAUACGUCAUCUUACGAGGCGUCGGUAAUUGUACCGGUCAAAGCUUCUGAGGGUGGCCACCUUCGGGAAGUGGCCAUUAGUAGCAUAAAUAAUACCUGAACACUUACGAAAACUUGCAUAUUGUUCACAAACACUGUUUAUGAGGGGAAAAUUGUUCAAUAAUUUUUUAAAAAUCAUUGAAUGAUGCUGAGUUUCACUUGAAAGAAUUUCGCAAAUCGAGGACGCCGUGGGUGCAGGUACUGAUAGGCUCCUAAGGUUUCUUACAGGGCAACAAAACUUUGUAAAUUAUUCUGGUGGUGUAGCAGUUGUCUAGAAAAAAAUAUUAAACAAAUCAUUGUAAACUUUCCCACUCACUGGCGACGACAAAAAUUUCUGUGUUUUUGGCUUCACAACCUAUGACAAUAGGUUAUAAGGCACGUGACUUGAUCAUACUGAAAAAAAAACGAUGGAGCUUAAGCAACGACGACGAGGGUAGUGAAAACGUCGUCAAAAAACGAAUUUGCGUCCUUUCAAACUUUAUCGCCCCUAGUAGGGUCCGUUCAAUUUGUCAAAUGUAGGAGAUUUUUCCUGGAGUUGAAUUCUUAAGCGAACAAUUCUUGAAAGAAUCAUUUGUACAAACAGCAGCGAGGGAAAGUGUAGAUAAGGAUCAGCAAUACAGACGUAUAAGACCGUAUAACACUUAAAAUUGAAGGCAAGGUUGAUCGGACAGCUAUGGAUGGUAUGGGUAAUCUAUUUGCCCAAUAUUUCGCUUACACAAAACUAAUCUUCAUGUGGGGCUAGCUUAAAGCUAAUAUUGUAAAUCCAGGUUCAAAAAAAGAAACGAAAAUUCGUUGCCCGAUGUUCACGUCCUCUAUAAAACGGCGUCGUAUUACGUGGUUUCACGUUCAAGUCGUGCAGUGGACGUCAAAGAAAUGUACUAAAAAGCGUAAUGCUCGUGCAGAGCUGUUGGUUUGAAAAUAAAACCAAUUAUUUUUUGACGUUGUCGUCGUGGUCGUGGUUGAUUAAGCUCCCUAAUCUCGUUCCCGGAGGCCUCGAUCCUUUUAAAUAACCAAGACGAUUGCGGCCUCAGGGAACGAGAUGGCUGCAAACAAGGCUGUGACUGAACCGACAUCUCAGAAGUUUUUUUCACGGUAGUUACGUACGAAAACUUUGUAAAUGGUUAAAACUUAAGAGUCCUUAUAUAAUAAGUUGAUAGUUUCGUUACCUUGGGAAAACGAGUGUAGUCCUGUAACUAUAAUUGUAGUUGACAAUGAACUGGUGUUUUUACAACCUGUGCAUACAGAUUGGGUACAGCCACCCCCUCCCCUCAAAAAAAAAUCGGAAUUUUUAAGGGAAGGGAUGGAUUGUACACAGGCUAUAGACGUCAUGUGAAAAUGUAAUAUUAACUGCUAUGAGCUCAAUUUCUUGCCAUCACAGACCACUCCAAAAAAAUGGGCCUAGAUCCAAGUGAGCAGAUUACUGAGCGCGAAAUACAUGACUAUCACAUACCUGAAGACGUCGGGGUCCAUUGGAGGGAUCUUGCACGAGCCCUAAAUUUUUUCCAACAUGUUAUUAAGACCAUCAAAGAGGAAAAUGGCAACAAUCCCAAGGAGUGCUGCACGGACCUUCUGGUUCGAUGGAUGGGCCGAGAGGGAAGGGAUGCAACAGCUGGAAUAUUGGCUGACUCUUUAAGAAGUAUAGGACUCAAGAAUGUGGCUGACAGAUUGAUUUGCCCAAGAAAAGAUCCAAUCCAGGUAAACGGAUGUAGUGGAGAAGUUAGAAUAAAGUUUAAUGCAGCGUCUUGUGUAGCUUUAAUACGCCAGUAGUUUUACUGGUGCAUGCUAGGAAUAAACCGUAAAUGACCUAAUAAACGCCCACUUCCAAAUAAACGCUCCCUCUAUGCUGUUAAAAUUGUAUAUUUUGACUCCCCCAUAUUCAAUAUGAAAACCUUUAUUUAGGAUGCGUCAGUCAGUCAUCUGAUGCAGAUGUAUCAGCAAUGAUAUCCCUCUAGCAAAAUACUCACAUAUGUUCUAAGCUAGAACUUGUACCACGCCAGAUACGAAAAACCACCAAAAUACCACCCUUGGGAAGUGGCCAAAAAAUGUGUGGAAGUGUGUCUAAAUACUUAAUUCAUAAACUAUACCGCGAAAUAAGAAACAUUAUUCCAAAACAUGUACAGAUCUGAAGACGCAACAAAAUAAAAAGUAUAGAAAAGGAAAAUUUGCAAAACAAAACGAAAACUAUCAGACGGACAGAGCUGACGUAGAAUGGCACAAGUCUCGCGCCAAAACCAUAAAUAGUCCGAUACUAUAUCCCAGGAACACCAGCGCGCCGCUAUACCGUGCAAUCAGAAUAUUAAUUUCUAACUACCCCCCCCCCCCUCCCUAAUAGAGGCCCCCUAUUAGAAUUACUCCAAAAUACUAAGAAUAAGCUAAAAGAAGCAAAAUCAUCCGAUUCAUUCAGUUUAAUUCUUGCUUGAAUGAAAUACGCAAAGCCUUGAAUAACAAGGCUUUGCGUAUUUCAUCUUGUUCAAUGUCAAGUAAUGUUCUAAGCAAGGAUAGACUAAUGAUGGCAACACAAUAACUCUGAGCGAAGAUUCUGACAUCGAUGUCGGGAUUUGAAACAGCGAUAUGAAUCUCUAGAAGGCCUAGACGUAUCAAUUAAUGGAAGAGAUAUUCCCCUGUUUUCAACUCUCGUGAUAGUUUUGCCGAAAGCAUAUUAGGUUUGUUGAGCUUGUCACAGUUAUGAGAAUAAACGCCUCUCUCUUUUAAAAGCCCCCGCUUGGACCCCUAAAAUUGAAUAGACGUCCUGGGCGUUUAUAAGGUCAUUUAGUGUAUAGUGGCUAUCCAAUGGAUAAUUAUUGGGAAAACAAAUUCCAUUAUCAGUUGACUAUCCUUUGGAAAGAGAUUUAUCCAGUGGAUAUGGCAUUUUCAACCUUUCGAAAACAAAAGGACCUUGCAGAUCCAAGAGGUUAACCUGGCAUAACACAUUUUACAUACAUUUUUUAUUGUGUUUUAUGGUAAAAGUACAAUUUAUUACAUGCCCGCGGGUAGUAAAGCCAAUCUAGGCGGGUCAUGGCAGCAAAGGCAGUGUUUUUCAUAUUAAAGGGGUAGAAAUAUAUAACAUAGAACAUGGACUGGUUUUCCUGGUCUAGCCCACUAGUGGCGAAAAGCGCGGCUUUUUAGCGACAAAAAAUGAUUUUAAUCCUUUAAAAAUUCUGGCUUUAACUUGAUUUGACUUGAUUUUUUACCAAAUAGUUCGAUUUUACUAAAACAAUUAUUCCUCGAGCUCGAAUGGCCUCUGAGUCAAUAGCCUAUUCGGCCUUCAGUCUCAAGGGCUAUUGACUUAGAGCCCAUUCGGCCGGGCUCGAGGAAUAAUUGUUAAAUAUAUCCAGCAGAUAUAUAACGCUAUUGGUUUCCCGAAUACUUAUCCACCGGAUGGCGAUUAAUCCGAGUAUCGGUAGAUAGUGGUACAACUGGGCCUGGUUUAUUUCGAAAUUAAACUUGAAUGUUUUAUUUCUGCAUUUAAAAAUCCCUCUGCUUUCUUGUGAGGUUUAAAACCCCGGCGUCUUUGCCGAUAUCUUAUGUUGCAUCGAAGUCGAAGUCCUUCUGUGCAAAAAUCCUUAUUUAGAAUAUCUGCAUUUCUUUCCAGAUCAAGGGAUUCCAGGAGUUUCGUGAGGUGAAAGAUCAGUUAUCCAGUUUGGAAGCAAAGGUAUCAAAAAUAUAUAAGAACGUAAAAAGUGUGCACUUGCGUGUAAACUGAAACGUCCACAUGACCAUUCGGAGAAAAAUUGUCUAAAUGUUAAUGCAUUUCUUGUUGCUCCGUACACAGGUUAUUAGCAUGAGUGCCAGAAUUAAGGAAUUGGAAGAAGAGGUAAGCUACAAAUAUCCAUGAGACUGAAGUUCGAAUCUCCGAUUCGAAUCCGAAAGUGGCUUUUUAUAAAAAAUUAUCGUAUCAAUAAAGACAGCAAUUAGUGAAGGCAAGCUGCAUUUCGUAAAACUGAUUUUGCGCCUCUGAGUGUUUAUUGCUGCUUGUAUUACAUUAAUAUUCACCCCAUGCCGACAGCGUAAAAGUUUUAAAAGAAAUGGAAAUUAAAUAGUGCGGAUGCCGGUUUAAACGCAAAAAGACGAUGAUAAACAAUCGCAAGAACGAAACAUUAGGGCCAUUUAUACGAGGAAAAAUAAGACGCGUCUUAAAUAAGACGCAAACUGUACCAUUUAUACCAGCAUGUCUUAUCUAAUAAGACGCGUCUUAGCUAAGCCGCGUCUUAUUUUCGACGAAAUGUGCCGUUUAUACGGAAAGUUCGCGUCUUAUGUAAGACGCGCCUUAUUUUUCCUCGUAUAAAUGGCCCUAUUGUGACAUUCGUUUUUCAAUUUAAAAAAAUAUUUCGCACAUUAAUAGACAAUUUCCGAGUUCACCCAGACCUCUGUAUCAAAACGAGGUUAAGCGCUCAGCCUUUGAUAUAGAAAUGACUUUUCAUUCUAAUGCAAAUAUAACUCAUUUUCACAAGAAAGGUUGUGCACUUGGCCUCAUUUUGAAAGUGAGGGUUUUUGGAACUCGGAAGUGCCCUAUUGGUGUGUUGACAGGCCAGUGCUUCACGCAUGCGCACAGCUAUAUCACCUAGGCAGGGGCUAAGGGCAGGGGCAGCCAUGGACAGCUAUUUCGCCCUUAUUGGGGCUCAUCAGCAUGGUAUUGCCGUCAGGUCUAUGAACGGGCCAAGCCAAGCGAGUGCAAAAGCACUCGUUUAAGCGUCAGCUCCACACAACGCUUGUGGGAGCUGUUGGCUGGGAACCGCACGGCAGUUCUUCAACGGCGUGCCCGUUCAUAAACCCGACGGGCUAUGCCAUGCUGAUGAGCCCUAAUAAGGGCGAAACAUGCUGAUGUCCAUGCCUACCACUUCCCAGGUGAUAUGGCUGUGUGCAUGCGUGAGGUACUGGCCAGGCCGUGGGUUGGUUUACGUGUACCGCUUUCCUAAAGUUUGUCUUAUUUUUUUUUGUUGGUAUUAUUUUUCCCACAGAACCAGGAAUUGCGUGCUAGACUAGGAUUGGAAGCCGCAGGGCUACAUGAACAGGUAGUAAAUCACGUGCUCAGUCUUUCUUGAAGGAGUUCUUCAAACCAAGGUUAUCUUCCCUCCUAAGUUUACCGCAAACGGAACAUAUGCGUGGCUCAGGCCGAGCUCUGCACACAAAGCUCCCGGCGUGGGGCGGAGAGGGGGAGGAGAGGGGGUGGGAACACUACUUGGGGUGGGUGCGAAGGAGAAAAACUUACUGGUCAUAAACUGCGCACGGAAAUACCUUCCCAUAAGGCGAUUUACAACAGAAACCACUCGAGUAUUAGAUUAUGCCGUCUCAACAGAGUGUAUUAUUAUUAUUAUUAUUAUUAUUCAUUUUGGAAACAAGGAAAAGCUACUUUGUGGAACAUAGUCUUAUUGGUAUACCAUGUUAGAAACGGAAGAUGACUAACUAGUCCUCCCUCAAAUAGCUAAAGUUCAAACCUUUCUUACGUCAAUUAACCUUAGUUUGCACCGCUGUUUAUUCCAUGUAUUCUUUUUUCUCUUUAUGGCCAUUGUAGUAUGUGGUAUACGUAGAAGAACCUGAUCAAGCUGCUCGAGAGCGUUCAGUCAGUGAUAAGUUAAAAGAUGUAGACGAUCGGCUUAAGGCUUACGUGAUAUCACCUUUGGAGGUUCCAGAAGUACAACAAGAUCAGCUAGAUACACCAGUCAAAAUAGAUCUGCUAACAAAGAUUUCCAGGCGUUUGCAAGAGCUAUACAGCGCAAUGCAAGCUUUGGUUGGUGAAGCUUGUCAAUGCAGCGAAGACCUGAAGGGAGACUACUACGAUCUGGCCAAUAAUGGGCUCAGAGCAGCACACAAUGACGUUAUACACAGGGUCAAUGAUCUAAAAUCUUUGCAAAAGAAAAUGACUGAGGAAGAAAAAGGCAAUUUUCAAAAGCUACAAACUUAUCAGAGUAACCGGCAAAGGCAGGUCGAGCUGCUAGAUCACCUGUGGAGAAGUCUCUUCAAAUCCGUAAGUCACUCUGGUUUUAUUUGCCAUUCUGCAGAACAGAGGUCGAAUUCAAAGCUAACGUGAGACGUAAGGUUAUUAUUAAGAAGCAAGACUUUGGUCCAGUAAACACAUUAUUCGCUGUGUUAAUUACGUCAAUAAAUUAUCACCAUUUUUUCAAGCAGCAGCGAAGGAAAAUCGAAAUUAUUUUAAAGCUUUCGACAGAUAACAGUCUUGUUCACGGAAUCAUAAGAUCACCUUAGGUCAUAACUUAGCUUAAGAGAGAUUUAUAUAAAAUCGGAAAACGCAGAAGUAGAUUUGGAAACUCAUUUCAAGGGCGUGGUUUUAUUUUUCGGUGCCAAGUUUGGGCUCACGAGACAAAAACAGGUGUUGGCGACGAUGAUAUCAAUAAGUGGCAAAAAGCUGUCUCAUAUUCAUCCUCUGAUGUAGUGUUACAAGUAAUGCAAAGUCCAAGGCCGAGCUUAGUCAGUUUCCUCGGUCGACCCAAACAUCGAUGUCAGCAAUCAUCUGUUAACUAGAAAUUGUUUUUUUUUUUUUCAUGAUUUGCAGCCCGAACCCCUCCCUAAGACUCCAGUGUCUCAACCUCUUGUCACGAGUGAGAAGCCAAGCGACAGUAAAAAAGUAAGUAACUGUACUCUAGUUUGUUAUCAGUUUUUCACCACAGGUUCCAAGUGAAAAGAACUAGCAGUUCCUUUUUAAGAGGUUUGUCAUCUUCAUAAUAUUUUUAUUGUUUAUUAUGAAGUGUGGUGUGUUUAAUCUUACAACUGAAAUUUUUGUUGUUAAAUUUAGUAGAAAGCGCCUUUGAGUAAGGCCCCGUCUAUAUGGAGAAGCGUCUUCCCUGGAAAGAGAUUCACCCUCCCCUUCCAGCCAUUACGUCCCAACGGUAUAGAUCCUGCGCGCUGUAUAGAUUAUAGGUUUUAUUACUGUGGAUUCUUUCUGUCUUCUCCAGCUACCUUACCUCUCAGUAUUGGUUAAGUUGCUAAAUGCCAUUCAUUUGAAUUUAUCUGACACAAAUAUAACUCUCUAAGGUAGUGUGAUAAUAGAACUAACUGACUGUACUUUUAAUUUUAUUGGCUAUGUGUAGAAGCUUUCGAGACAUUCAGACCCAGGAGCAAGGCCAAAACAACUGAAAUCAGGCGGAGACGUCGCACGUGCUGAAGGACCCUCACCUAGCAAAGAUGAAGGAGUAGAUGAAGUGUGCUUAAAUGUAGGUAUCCCAAAUUCGCACUCGGCUAGUAUUUCAUUUACUUUUUACUUGUUGUGUGUAAUUAAAUUCACCGUCGUGACCAAAAAUAUUGAGGAAAUAAAUCGCGAUUACCCUGGUCCAUCCGCCAUGGAUCCGCCCCUUGACAUUUGGACAGUAGAUAUUUUAGGGGGGGGGGGGGGGUAAAUUUAUGACUCAACAUGUCUCCGUCGUUUUUUUUUUGUUUUUUUUUUUUUUGUUUUUGUUUAAAAAAAUCCCCGGCGGCAACAAAAAAUAUUAAGAAAAAAAGGCCUCUUCCCCUGGCCCCCCCCGCGAUGGCCCCCCCCCUUGUAUGUUGGGGAGUAUAUUUUUGGGGGGGGGGGGGGGUAAUGAAUUGUUCGAGAGCUACGCUAUUUAUAAGAAUUUCGUGAAAGUAAAAAACCUUCGUUUUUACUUAUGCGAGGCGUCUUUAUCUUGCAGUUCACGCAACAGAAAUCAGCAAUUGGAACAAUUAAAAGCUUGCUAACAAGGAAGGACAAUGAUGAAAAACAGUGUUCCGUUGUUUCGUACACUCCAAGAAGGGAUUCCUAGUUGCCUUGGUGAUCAGGGCAGGAAUGACUGUCACAGAAGAAAAUUGUGUCGUGGAAGUUAAAAAAUUAAAGAGGCAAUUCCAAAAAGUACUCUGCGAACACAGUACGCUGUCAUUGCUCACGGCCGACAAGGGCUAAUUUUUUCCAGGCGUGUAGAAGAUUGUCUUGGUGUAUUAUAGGAUAGCAUAUCAUAGUAUGACAUGGUAUCGCAUAGUACGGCAGUAUAUAGCAAAUUAUGGUCUAGAGCGUAGUAUAGCAUAACAUAGUAUAGUUCAUUAAAGUACUGUACAGUACAAUGUAGUGUUUUCGUACAGUGUAGUAUAUAGCCUGUGCCAUAGUGGGGGAGACGCCGGGUGACGCUAGACUUGCCACAAGUCGACUGCGUGAACGCCGACGGGCUUUGAGAAAGUCUAGGGUGACGCAUUAGUGAAAGGCACUCGAAAACAUGAGAGUGUGAUCUGGGAAAAGGGGGCGGUGGUUCUCCCCAGUUUCCUCCGGUUUUAUUUUCGUGUUCGUGCUUUAGCAAAUUUCGCGGUCCCGACUAUCUCGGAGCCUGGAACAGGCUAUGUAGUGUACAGCCCAGUUUAGUGUAGUGUAGCCGUGUAGUGUAGUGUGGUGUACAGCCCUGUGUAGUGUAGUGCAGUGCAGUGUAGUAUAGUGUAGUGUAGUGUAGUGUAGUGUAGUGUAGUGUAGUGUAGUGUAGUGUAGUGUAGUGUAGUGUAGUGUAGUGUAGUGUAGCCGUGUGGUGUAAUGUAGUGUACAGCCCAGUGUGGUGCAGUGUAGUGCAGUGUAUUGUUGUGUAGUGUAGUGUAGUGUAGUGUAGUGUAGUAUAGUGUAGUGUAGUGUAGUGUAGUGUAGUGUAGUGCAGUGCAGUGCAGUGUAGUGCAGUGUAGUGUAGUCAUUAGUUUAAUGUAGGAUAGUAUGGUAUAGAAUUUGCUAAACAAAUAUUGAUCAGGGCACGUGUGAGUCUCUCUGGUUCCACUGUUCCUUAGUAUAUCGCGCUUAUUUUGAUGCAAACUGACUGAGUGUUGAAAGUUAAAAGUAAUGCCACAUAACCAGAAAUCAAAGCCAGUCGGCAUGUAUCCUGCUCCAUGCCCAGAAAAAUACGUGCAACCUCAACUAAUGAUAUCAAACCCGAGAUUAUUUUUUUACUUCUAUUUGAGGAGGUGAUACGAGUUUUUACAAAAGAUUAUCGGGCAUGGCAUUACAAAUCCUACGUAAAAAAAGUCAGUUACGUACUAGUACUUCGAUUUUUACUGCUAUUUUUUUAAGUUAUAUUAUUAAAUUUUACAUACAGAAUGUUCUUGUUUCAUUGUUUUAGAAGACACUUAUAGUUAUACUAAUUUUUGGUUGAACUUGCAGCAAAUCUUGGGAAUGAGAUGGUGACUGCAUGGAAAAGAAAAUGGUAAAUUCCUUUGCAUGAUAAUGGGCGAGAAUUGAAGAGCUCUAUUUAACCUUAGCAUAUACUUACUAGAGCAAUAAUGAUAAUAUAGGUUU